AUGGCCUUUGUAGCGUUACGGGCAUGGGAUGGAUUGCACGGCGCACUCGUCAACGACAACAUAUUCAUCACCUCUCCGAAUUGUACUGGCCUGUACUCCCCACCACUUGGUGUGAACCGAGAAAUGUGGAUGCGGGAAGAUUUUAGGUAUGGUGUUGACGACCCUCUGUCAUGGCCCCAACCUUAUUGCCGGACACGCCCUCACCUGGCUUGCAUGCGACUGUGCCCUAGGGAUGACUCUGAUCCUGACGUUCCUUUGUUUGAGCUCCUGUUGCAGGAAGAUUUUGAAGAACUGGACCUGUCAUUGCUCAUUCACGGGCCUGGUUUUUGGCGCAGAGAACGUAGAUGCGUAUUCCAGCAACGUUGUUGGGCAAUCCUCAGUGGUUGCGAGGGUAUUCCCCAUGUAGAUGAGGCUGCCAAAGCAGGAGCUAACAGGGCGGAUGAACUCCUAGGAUAUGCAAGGAUGUUUCUGGAAUGCCUGGAUGGUCUGCCCCUCACAUUUCACAGGCUGUGUUUGUGCGUAGCUGAAACGCAACAACUGAUACUUGAGGCUGAAGCCAUCAAGUUCUUCUUUGGUACCAUUUGCCCUUCAUCCCUUGCACCUGUAUCAGAGCACGUUCCCAAGGCUGACGCGGACUUGGUCAGUUGCGUCACGACAGACAUCGGUGUGGCACAGCAAUUUCACCGGGCAGGAGUGCCGGUGUGGCUCCUGCGAGCCCUCAAUACCCUUCCCCACACACACAUCGAUGCAGUGGGAAGGCUAAAGACAGCGGAGGGCCAUCUUCGUAUGGGACCUUGUCCCCUUCGUCUCCCUUCAGUUUAUGUAGGAGGCGCUGGUGAUGAGGAAAAAUACCUGGCAUUCAACAGGUUUACCAGGUCCCACCUCGGGGCACCAAAUCUGUUGUUGUGGAGUCCGGGAGAGCUUCGCUCAGAAGCUUCUUGGGUACCAGAGCAUGGGAGUGUGCAGUUGUCUCCUGCCCGGGAGGUUUGCCUACCAUACAACCAUGCGAGCCAUUCUCACAAGGGUAACUUGAAGCCCCAGAAGCCCAACAGUUUUGCCCUAAUUACUCAUGAGCUCUUACCGGACAUCUGCCUGGCAUGGAAAGUGGGCCUUAGUUCUGUCGACGCAAACAAGGAACGUAUAAAUGUCCCAGCAGCACCAUUCGCCUUUCCUCGGGCCGAUCUAUUUGCCACCAUAGCAGAUGGGACUAAGUGGAUGAGCGCACUCAGUACCUGGCUGCGUCUCCGACCGGGCCUGCUGGCCAUGCAAACGCCUUCGUACACUUCCACCAGAAUGAGCCACCAGAUGUGGAGGGCAAUCCUCACCUAUGACUGGGUGGGCCAGUCGAACGUGAGGGAUAGGAUCAGAGGGAAGAUUACCGAUCGAAGGGAACUAGCGUUGAAAUUCCUGGAGGGAUGUUUGGGAGAAAUGUCUGUUGAGGCCCAUGGAAUCUCGGUGGAAGGCAAAUGGCGAGGCACGCCCAUCAGAGAUGUCUCCAGGGAAGACUGUCCACUGAGAUACACUGGGAGCUAG